AAUACUCGGCAUCCGAUCCCACAUCGCCUCAUCACAGCCCUCCUGCUCCCGGCGCCAGCAGUUCCCCAACCAACCUCUCGAUCGAUCGUAGCAGCUUCUCCUUUUCGAUGGCGGUGGAUCUGACCCCGAGGCAGCCGGCCAAGGCCUACGGCGGCGACGGCGGCGCCUACUACGAGUGGAGCCCGGCCGAGCUGCCCAUGCUCGGCAUCGCCUCCAUCGGCGCCGCCAAGCUCGCGCUCGCCGCCGGCGGCAUGUCGCUCCCCAGCUACUCCGACUCCGCCAAGGUCGCCUACGUCCUCCAAGGCAAGGGAACCGUUGGCAUCGUCCUGCCUGAGGCCACCAAGGAGAAGGUGGUCGCCGUGAAGGAAGGCGACGCUCUGGCGCUCCCCUUCGGCGUGGUCACCUGGUGGCACAACACCCCUGAGUCUGCCACGGAGCUCGUCGUCCUCUUCCUCGGCGACACCUCCAAGGGCCACAGGCCCGGCCAGUUCACCAACUUCCAGCUCACCGGUGCCAGCGGCAUCUUCACCGGCUUCUCCACUGAGUUCGUCGGCCGCGCCUGGGACCUCAAGGAGGACGAUGCGGCCAAGCUCGUCUCCAGCCAGCCUGCGUCUGGCAUUGUGAAGCUCACCGCUGGGCAGAAGCUCCCGGUGCCAGUCGAUGCUGACCGCAAGGACAUGGCGCUUAACUGCCUCGAGGCCAAGCUGGACGUGGACAUCCCCAACGGCGGCCGCGUGGUGGUGCUCAACACCGCAAACCUGCCGCUGGUCAAGGAGGUCGGGCUCGGUGCCGACCUUGUGAGGAUCGACGCCCACUCCAUGUGCUCCCCAGGCUUCUCCUGUGACUCAGCGUACCAGGUGACCUACAUCGUCCGUGGCAGCGGCAGCGUCCAGGUCGUUGGCCCCGACGGCAAGCGUGUGCUGGAGACCCACAUUGAGGGUGGCAGCCUCUUCAUCGUGCCCCGCUUCCACGUUGUGUCCAAGAUCGCCGAUGCCUCCGGCAUGGAGUGGUUCUCCAUCAUCACGACCCCCAACCCGAUCUUCAGCCACCUUGCUGGGAAGACCUCGGUGUGGAAGGCCAUCUCUCCGGAGGUGCUGGAGGCGUCGUUCAACACCACGCCGGAGAUGGAGAAGCUCUUCCGGUCCAAGAGGCUGGACUCCGAGAUUUUCUUCGCCCCCAACUAGGAGCCAUUCGUCGCGCAUCGGCCGGUUGCCUUAGGCAGGAAUAAAUAAAUUUAGUUAGGAUAUUGAAACUCUUUGAGCGUGAGUCUUUCGGUUGAGCUGGUGGUGGUUUUCGUCAAUCACCUCUGCGAAUCUAUCUUAGUUGCCCCUGGCAGAAGAGAAUGUUAGUGUCAGGUCAUCGUUGGUUGAAUCGAGUUGAGUAUGUUUGUGGCCGGCCAAACUAGUAUGAGAACUGAUGAAUGCAAUCGAUUGUUAAAUUCGGGUGAAA